UGGCAUUUGGAUGCGCGAGAAACUCCAACAAAGACAAUUUUCUUUCUCUAUAAUCACGAUACCGCACACUUCUUAAAGAGCAGAGGAGAUGGCGACUUUCACAGUUUUGGAUCAAGCUGAAGAAGACAAACUCCACGCGACUCGGCUUCUAGGUAUUGAAGAGCGGCCUUUCAAACGAGUCUCAAAACGCCUUCUUGCAUCCAUCACUCCUAUCAACUCUUUCCUUGCGCGACCGAGCCCGUCUGAUGACGACGACGCUACAGCAGAAUCGUCUGCAGACCAACAUGAGCAUUUCCUCGAAUCCCUGACGCGGUUUCGCGAGGACGUCAUCCUCGACUUCGCAGCCUUUGAAUCCUCCAUUGCGCGCACAGAGUUCCUCCGUGCUGCAAACACACGAGAGCGCGAGCGCUACGCUGCAGAAAAGCUCAAGAUUGAACAAACUGCCAACGACGUGCGGGAGAAUCUGUCACAUCUGAGAGUGCAGCUUGAUGAGGCGCAGAAGACGCUCGCAGUUCGAAAAACCUAUGAUGUGCUAGCGGAGAAGAUCACUCGGGAUGAGAAGUUAAAAGUCACGAGAGCCGAGCAACAUGUCAAUCUCGAAAAACUCAAGGCUGAAAUCGAGGAGUUGGAGCGUGAGAGCGCCGAGUUGAAGGUCGCUUGGGGCGAGCGGAGGGAACAGUUUGAACGAGUUAUGCAGGAGGGAACGAGGCUGAGGAGGGUAAUUAGAGAUGAGAAGGAGCCAGAGCCAGAGGGCGAGAAGGACGACGCUGACCAAGAGAGGGAAAGAGAGGGCGACGAUGGGGAGGGGGAGAGGGAGAGAGACGGGCUGUCUACUGCUGGGACACCCAGGCCUAUGGACGACGCGCCGACGCCCUUCCCAGCUGGACUCAGAGGAAGCGGCAUGUUGACGCCUAGGUCGAAUCUGCCAGAAGAACCUGCCAGUGCAGAAGGGACUACGCCGCGGCGAGCAGACGAGGAUAUUGAUAUGCAUGGAAACAAUGGAGUGUCUUCUGCGGGAGAAGAUGCUAUCAAAGAAGCCGUAGGUGCUGCUCUUGAGAACGCAGCAGACGACAUGGACACGACCUGAGCGAUUUGCGAGACCAUUACAAAAUGGGUCUGCAGGUGCAGACAUGGAGGGUCCCGCGUCCGCCUGGCCGAUUUGUGGACAACGUUGACAACUUCGCCUUUGCCCCCGAAGACGAGGAGACCUCGGAGACGUCCCAGAAUUACUUAUUGGCUGGCAAUCUCAUGACUGAAGCCGGCCGCUGUUCGCGCACUGAAUCCAUUUCUGGGCCUGGGGACAACAACGGAGAUCCUCGUGCUCCUGUAUGAUCAAGGGGGGAAUAGCGAUCAACCUAACUAGGAUCUGCGGACACGGUUAUGAGAAAUGAUGGGAAGAAUCAAGGAGCCCAUCGAUAUCUGGCCCAUUUGGGCUUACCGACUUCGUGUCAGUCGAUCAACUUCUCUGGGACGUUCAAGACUCUCAUGUGCUCUGUCUGCUCAAUGAACGACACACUGGCGAGGUUAGAAGCAAAGGAGAAGGACCAAGCCUAGCUGACGUUCAGAACCCCGAACAAAUUUCCCCAGUUUCAAGGUAUGGGAGAAUGUGAUGCUCCAAUGUUCAUUUC